AUGAUUUAAUUUAGUAUUUAGAUAUUCCUAAAUCUCCAAUUAUAUUUUCUGCAGUUGGAAAUUAUACGUAAUUAUUUAUUUAAAUUAGUGAUAACUCUGCAGGAUGGGGAAUUGUUUAGUUUAAUUUACUUCAGGAUAUUGUAUUUAAAAUUGUUUAUUAUGCGAAGUAUCAUUUAACUGUAAGACUUGUAUAAGUGGAUAUUUUUUAUAUAGGGAUGGUAGGUGCAUUUCUUAUUGUUAAAACCCAUAUCAGAAAUUAAUUGGUUAAUAUUGUUAAGAUUAUGAUGAUUAAACACCUUGUAUAUAUAUAUUUUAGAUAUUUAGAUUCUAAAUAUUUGAUUUAAGAAUAUACAAGUCAAGCAAAUGAUCCUGAUUAAUAUUAAAAAUACACAUUAAUCUUUCAAAAUGGAUCAAACUUUUUAAAAGGAUCAGAUAUUUAUUAUUCAUAAUGGUAAUAUUAUAGAGUUUUUGGAGGGCCUUUUGUCUGGGCUUAAGCUAAAUUCUAAAGAAUUCAUAAUAUAAUUGAACCUCACCACAGCAUCACUAUUGCAUUUUAUAUAGUUUAUGGACCAUAAUUCUAAUCAGAUGGAAGAUUUAUAUAUACAAUUGAAAAUAAUGAACCAGUUUCUAAAUCAUCUGCAAGUUAUUUUAAUAGUUACCCUGAUGGAUCUAAAUUUGAUAAAGUAUAUGAAUAAAUAGAGCAUUAUAAAAAUAGUUUAACAAUAUAUUGGGAGUGUUUUGGAUAGAAUAAUGAGCCAGUUUAUGCUUAUUGUGGAUUUUAUAAUUAUUAUAUUGUAGUUCAUUAUUGUUAACCUUAUUGUUUAGAAUGUUUAGAUUGGAAUACAUGUCAAUAAUGGAAUAGUACUUAUGAUUCAAAUAUUGUAAGAUUUUCUUAAAAAGAUUGUUUAACUACUUAAUAUUUUGAUAGAGAUUCUUUAAAAUGUUUGAAUUGUCCUUUAUCUUGUUAAACAUGUACAUCAAAAAUAGAUUGUUAAACUUGCUAACCUACUUAUAUUUAAACUAAAUUAGGAUGUAUUUGUAAAAUCAAUCAAUAUGAAGAUGAAAAUUAAUGUUUUGAUUGCCCAAUUGAAUGUAAUUAAUGUUUAAGUUCCACUUAUUGUAUAGAAUGUUUAAGUGGUAAUUAUAGGGAAUUUAAAAAUGGGUAAUGUAAUUGCAUUGAUGGAUAUUAUCCAAUUGUAUCAAAUCCUUAAUGCUAGCUAUGCCAUAAAUUUUGUAAAAUUUGUAGUGGACCUACUUCUAAUGAUUGUUUAACUUGCAAUGACAUUUUUAAUAUUGAAAAAAUAGGAUCAAUAUGUAGAUGCCCAACAGGUUCAUAUUAUUAAGAUGCAAUAAAAGCCUGUUCUCCUUGUCAUUCAUCAUGCUUAACUUGCUUUAGAAGAACGAUUGAUGGUUGUUUAACAUGUGAUCAUAAUUUAAAUAGAAUAUUAAAAGAGUUAAAAUGUACAUGUGUACCUGGAUAUUAUGAAUUAAGUAAUAUUUGUACAAGUAUGUAUGAUUUUAAUAAUUAUAGAUUGCCCAAAUAUGGAGGAUGUAUCUUUAAUCCAAUGUUAUAAAUAAUGUAAUGAUAAUUAGUAAAUAUGGCAUACUCGUACUUGUAAUUUUUGUGAUCUUGGAUAUCAAUUAGUAUCUGGAGAAUGCCAACCUAUUUGUGGAGACUUACAAAUAAAAAGUUAUGAAUAAUGCGAAGAUAAUAAUACUAAUUUUGACGAUCUAUGCUAUAAUUGUUAAUUUUAAUGUCCAAAUCAUUGCUAAAUUUGUGAUUAAUCAACUACUUUACCUUGUCCUGAUGUUUGUGGAGAUGGAAUUAUUACAGGAGUUGAAGAAUGCGAAGAUGGAAAUACUAUUUAAUAUGAUGGAUGUUUUAAUUGUAAGUAUUAAUGUUAACCUUCAUGCACUAAGUGUAUAAAAGGACAAUGUUUUGAAUGUGUAACUGGUGGUUGGUAUCUUGAUAUAACGGUUACUCCUUGGUAAUGUAAGGAAAAAUGUGGAGAUGAAUUGAUAGUUGGAAAUGAAUAAUGUGAAGAUGGUAAUCUUAUUGAUACAGAUGGAUGUAAGGAUUGCAAAUACUUCUGUAGAACUGGUUUUUUUCUUGCUUUUACUUUUACUUCUUACUAAUGUAAAAAUGUGUGUGGAGAUGGUUUAGUUGUAACAGAUCCUAACGGGUUCUUUUCAGAGGAAUGUGAUGAUGGUAAUACUAAAAAUGAUGAUGGAUGUAGUUCCUCUUGUUAAUUUUAAUGUUAAUCUUCAACUAUUUGCACCAGUUGUUUAGAAGAUAGAUGUGAUAUAUGUGCUACUGGAUAUAAUCUUUCAAGUGAUAAAAUAUGUAAUCCAAUAUGUGAAGAUGCGAAAAUAGUACUUGGUGAACAAUGUGAGACAUCAUUUAUAUUACCAUACAAGGGUUGUAUCAAUUGCAAAGUGAAAUGUCAAGGUUCCUGCAACUAAUGUGAUACAACUGGACUUGGUUGUUUAUAAUGUUAAAAAGGAUACAAUAGAAUUGAUUAUUUAUGUUAUUCAGUUUGUGGAGAUCAAAUUGUUACUAAUGAUGAAGAUUGUGAUGAUGGUAAUUUAAUUAUAGGAGAUGGAUGUCAUUUCUGUUAAUUUAGUUGCUAGGAUUCAUGUCUUAAUUGUAUUUAAGGAGUAUGUUUUGAUUGUUAAGAGGGUUAUGAAUUUGAUAAAAUUUAAUAGAAAUGCAAUUUAAAAGAAGUUCCAUUAAGUUUUUGUCAAUUUUAACUUAAAUUAUCUCCAUAUUUACAUUGCCACUAUUGCUUUGAGAAUUGUGAAACUUGCAAUGAAAACAAUUGUAUUAGAUGUCAGAGUGGCUAUUAUUUAGAUAAUAAUUUUACUUGUAUUUCAUCUUGUGGGGAUGGAAUAGUUGCAGAAAAUGAGGAAUGUGAAAUUAUAAACAGUAUAAACGGUUAUGAAUGUUAAAACUGUUAAAUAUAAUGCUAAAGCGAAUGUAUAAAUUGUAUAAAAGGAAUUUGUUUUACAUGUGAAGAAAUAGGGUGGGAAAUUGAUCUGGUUUCUCGAGAGUGCAAGCCUAUUUGUGGAGAUGGUUUAGUUGUUGGAAAAGAGUAAUGCGAUGAUCGCAAUGAAAUUGACUGGGAUGGAUGUAGUUAAUGUUAAUAUCUAUGUUAAUAAUAAUGCACAAAAUGCUUUUAAGAAUUUUGCUUAGAAUGUAAUUUUGAAGGUUGGUAUUUAUAUGAAAAACGUUGCAUAACUAAUUGUGGAGAUGGUGUUAUAGCAGGAAAUGAAUAGUGUGAUGAUUAAAAUACUAUUCCAUUUGAUGGUUGCUAUGAUUGUUAAUUGGAAUGUUAAGUUUAAUGCACAGAUUGUAGACAAGGAGUAUGUUAUGAAUGUGCAAUUUAAGGUUGGGAAAUAAAGAAUUAAUCCUGUCAACCAAUUUGUGGUGAUGGAAUAGUUAUAAAAGAUUUAGAGGAAUGUGAUGACGGAAAUAUUAUUCUAUUUGAUGGAUGUUAUGAAUGCUAAUUUGAAUGUUCGAAUGGUUGUCUCAAAUGCCAAUAAAAAUAAUGCGUAAAAUGCCUCGAUAAUUUAUAUUAAUUGGAUGCCGAAUCAUAAUAAUGUGUUUAAGUUAAUUUGAAUCUCAAUAAUUAAGAUAUUGAUUUGAUGAACUAAAAUAUAAUACAUUAUCAAAAUUUAAGAUGUGGAAAAAAUAAGUAACUGAUCGAUAAUAUAUGUGUAAGUUUAUGCGGAAACGGGUUAAUUGAAAAUGAAGAAUGCGAUGAUGGAAAUUUUAUUGGAGGGGAUGGAUGCUCCUCUUUUUGUCAUGUAGAAGAUUCAUAUUAAUGUAUAAAUGAAAAUGGCACAUACAGUGUAUGUACAUUUAUUUUGGCUCCAGAAUUUAAUUUGAAUAUCCUCUCUGAUAUAUCGAAUUCAACUCAAAUUGUCGAAUUAACUUUUAGUUAAUAAGUUAAAGUUCUGGCAGAAUUACCCAUAGAAGAAAUAAUAUAGUUUGUAAUUACUCCUGAAACUAAACAUGAAUUAAUUCUAAGAGCCUUUUAAAAUAUUACAAUAAAUCUAAAAAACCCAAAAUAUUAAGUCCUAAUUGAAUUUCAUGAACCUGUAUCAAAUCCUGUUCUCUAAGUUUAUGCAAAUAAAAACAUUAUAAUUAAUUAAUUUGAUUUAAGUUUAGAUAUAAACGAAAAAUACAUUAAUCUAGGCACACCUUAUGUAUUACCAUAAUCUACAAGAUAAUCAUUAACUUCCAUUAUUUAAUUCAACGGUGCCAUGAUGUAUUCUAUGGCAAGUAUAUCUAGUUUAGCUUUGAUAACAGGAAACACAAUUAUUUUUUUUAAUUUGUUGGAUUUGUUAUAGUCCUUAUCUUAUCUUAAAUUUAUGUUAUACUAAUUUCCUCCUCAUUUAAGAAAUUUUUUGAAUACAUACACCAAAGUCUCAUUACAACCAAUUUUUGAUUAUAUUGGAGUAGAUUCAUAUUUGAUAAAGUUACAAGGCAUGAGCACAUCAAAUUAAGUUAAUCAAAUACGAAAUCAAGAUCCUCAAAACAUUCUAAACCAAAAUUAUAUAUUUAAUGCAAAAGGUUGCUAUUUUUCUGUUAUAGCAUCAAUAUUAACUUACAUAAUUUAUUGUAUUCUAAUUUCUUAAAGAGUAGAAAGACUAAUCAUUAAACUCUCCAAUAAAUAUCAAAACAAUUUGAAAAUGAUAUAAAUUAUUCGUUUGUUUUAAAAAAAAGUAUAAAAGAAGUGUUUAAUAUCUAAAAUUGAAUAUUUAUCUGUUGGAGUUUUUAGGGUAUACUAUGCUAUUUUACAUUAAUUUAUGUUCAGUGUUUCAUUAUAAUUUCCAAAUUAUAAAUUUGAUACUUCAUUUGAAAUUUUUAACAGCGUUAAUGCUAUUUGUGGAUUAUUAUUUAUUGUUAUAGCUAAUAUCCAAUUAUUAUCAAUUACUUCAUCAAAAAUAAAAAAUGAAAGUAAAUGGAAGUAUUUUUAUUAAGAAUCAAAAACUCACUUUUGGGCUCUAUAAUUAAAGUCAUUUUAAAUUUACAGAAUCUUAUUCUAUAUAUUAAUAAUUGUAAAAUUAAUUGAUUAUCCAGAAGCAUAAUCUAUUUUACUUUCUAUACAAUCAUUUUUAUUUUUAACUUACUUGAUCAAGUUUAAACCAUAGAAAUGUGUGUUUGAAAUGGUAAAAUUAAUAUGUAGAGAGUUUCUCUUAAUAAUUAUAAUAGGGUCAUUUCUAAUUUAUAGUUUUGAAUUUAGUUAAGAGAGCUUAAUACUUAUUGGUUGGAUUCAUAUAGGUUUAUUUUGCACUAUAUUGGCUAUUAAUUUAUUUUUGGAUGUGCUUUAAUAAAUUUGGAAAACAUACGAUAAUUAUUGCUAAAAGAAGAUAAAAAAAGAGAAAAAUGAACAGAUGAAAAAAUGA